AACCAAACUCACCACCAUCACACACACACACACACACCAGCAAAAAUAUUCCAACGAAGCAAGAAGAUCAUCGAUCGAUCUCCAACUCCAACAACUCCGGCGCCGGGCUUUGAUCGGAAGGGAAGAAGGAGGAGGAGGAUGCGGAUGAGCUGCAACGGGUGCCGGGUGCUCCGCAAGGGGUGCGGCGAGGGCUGCACCAUCCGCCCCUGCCUGGAGUGGAUCCGGAGCCCCGACGCGCAGGCCAACGCCACCGUCUUCCUCGCCAAGUUCUACGGCCGCGCCGGCCUGCUCAACCUCCUCGCCGCCGAAGACGCCGCCCUCCGCCCGGCGCUCUUCCGCUCGCUGCUCUACGAGGCCUGCGGCCGCAUGGUCAACCCUGUCUACGGCUCCGUCGGCCUGCUCUGGUCCGGCCAGUGGGGGGCCUGCCAGGCCGCCGUCGAGGCCGUGCUCAAGGGUCGCCCCAUCGUCCGCGUCACGUCCGACGCGCCCCUCACGGCGUGCGACAUCCGCCAUGUCGCCAAGGCCGACCGCCCUGCUGCGGCGGCCGACACGCCCCUCGGCGUCUCGCGCGCCGGGCGCACCGGGUUCAAGCGCGCGUCCUCCUCCACGGCCAAGUCCAAGUCCAGGACCUCCUCCGGCGCCAAGCGCGACGAUGGGCUCGACCAAGCGCCGAGCCACGAGGAGUCGGCCGGCAGCCACGACCACGGCAGCCACGUUGAGGACGACGGCAUGGCAGUCGAGCAGACGAGGGGAGAAGAGUCGUCCGAGGGCACCGAGGUUGACGCGGGCUCGCACGUGAGCCAAGCAGAGCACAGCCCCGUGCCGCCGGUGGCCCAGGACGAGCAGGAGGCGCAUGGCGACGAAAUCGGGCUGGAGCUGACGCUGGGGUUCCAGCCGGUCACCCCGCGCGUGGUGGCGAGGUCGCCGCCGGCAGGGGCACGCUUCGGCGCCGGCAGCUCGAGCGAAGAGUCCGGCCACAUCGGCCUGCUGCUUGAGCUGCCCGUGGCAUAGAGACGCGGCCGGCGACAGUGCCUUUCUUGAAACUAGCUGCAGAGAUAGAGUCAUCAGUUUUGGGAUCGUGUCAUGCACCUUCGUGGUUGUUGUUUUUUCUCUUUUCCCCAUUUUAGAAUAGAGAUAGCAGUGGAAUCUUGUA